AUGAUUUCCUUAAAAAUAAUUUUGCCUACUUUCGACUCAGCAACUCUAGCAGCAGCUCAUUCAAAAGUUGCUAUUGAAAGGCACCAACGUCAAAGUUUAGGUUCUCCCCGUAUAAGCCCUUCUAAACAAUCUAAAAUUGUUGAUGAUAAAGAAUUUGUUGGUGAAAAUGUUGAUGGAAAGGAAGAAUUUUUGGAAGAAGAAAAUAUUGGGGAAUUAAAUAAUAAUAAUUAUCAACCACAAAGAAAAUCGAGUUUAAGCGAUAUUUUGGAGGGUGCAUCACGUCGAUUUGCUAAAAGACCUAGUGGAUCUAAAAAAUCAGUUGUAGCCCUCCCUUUUGAACGCUUAUAUGCUGAUCAGUCUUCACCUCCCCCAUUUUCUUUCUCUUCUACUUUUAGUCAACAACAACGAAACAGAUCUCAAACACAACGUACACUUCAGCUUUCUGCUCAUGAAUUGCUUCCAGAUUUAGAAGAAUCACAGAGUGAAGAGAAUCAAUUAACUGUUGGCAGUGGAAGUAGUAUUAUUGUAAAUAAAAGAGUGAAGAGCAUUGAACAUAGCCCUCCUCGACGAAAAAUCAGUUCCUUGUUACGACUCGGUUCUUCUGCUCCAACUUCAGCAACCUCUCAUACUUCAUUACCCCAACAACCAUUAUCACGAAAAACCUCAACAGCCACAAGUGAAAUAAAUUCUGGACAAAAACAACAUAAACACAGUGCCAAUUCUCCCAUUUACGUUUUGGAGGAGAGCACAAUUAAAACUGAAGAGCAAGAAUUUCCACCUCCCCUCUCAAAUGAAGAAGCAAGUUUAAAUAAGACACAAAUAUUAGUUGAUGAAGUUAAUGAUUGGUGGGGAGAAGAUGAAGAUGGAAAUAUUUUGAAGGAAAAUAUAAUUAAUGAAGAGGAAGAGGAAGACGGAGGAGAAGAAUAUGAAUAUAGUUGA